AUGGCAAUAACUAUCUCAGUUGAGUAUAGGCUCGCCCCUGAACACCCUUUGCCAGCAGCUUAUGAAGAUUUCUGGGCUGCCCUUCAAUGGGUUGCCUCACAUUCUGUUAAGGACUCUGAAACCGAAGGCGAAAAAGAGCCGUGGCUGAUUGAUUACGGUGAUUUUGCUCCAUUCGGGAUUAAUAGUCCACUGAUCAACCCUUUUGCUGAUGGUGCACCUAAUUUAGCUAAGAUUGGGUGUCAAAAGUUGUUUGUUUGUUGUGCUGAGAAAGAUGUUCUGAGAGAAAUCAAUCUGCGUUAUGUUGAAGCGUUGAAGGAAACGAUGGAAUGGCGAGUUGGAGCUGGUUGA